CGUGACAUAAGGGAUUGAAAUUUUGUAUAUAAACACCGAACUGAAACCACACCGUACCACUUUCAUGACUGCAAAUCCCAGCUGGAUAGCAAAGGAAUUCGAACUGAAAGAGCAAAGGCAAUCCAAGAUGAAGGCUGAACUUUUCCUUCUUGUCUCUCUGCUGGCAAUUGCAGUAGUUUCCUGCAAGCAAAUCAGCUACCAGAACUGCUCGUCCGCUGAAGAGCUGGCUGAAAUCGUCUCCAUUGAUGUGACCCCGUGCGAGGAAGAACCGUGCGUUUUGAAGAAAGGAAGCAAUGAAACCCUCAGCAUCAACUUCAUUCCACACGAAGUUGUCACCGGCGCUAAGAUUUACGCCUACGCUAUCUUUGGACCGAUACCUGUUCCUUUACCGCUGCCCAAUCCUGAUGUAUGUCUCGACCACGGCUUAUCUUGUCCAUUGAAGAGCGGUGUCCAAGUGGAGUUUGUUUUGAUCGAAUACGUCUCAUCCACUUUCCCCAGUGGUGAAUUGAAACUAAAGGCAGAAAUCAAAGAUCAAGAUGGGAAGUCUCUAAUCUGUGGGAUUAUUCAUUUUGAGAUCCAGUGAACUUUAUUAUAGUACACUGUUAAAACUAACGUCUCUUAGAUUAAUUAGUUUUAGUUCGUCACUGAAUAAGAUUAUUUUUCCGCAUUAUUUGGCCAGAAUAAAAGACAAACAACUUA